AUGGUUGAUCAAAGCUUGAAGGAGGUGGUAGUGUGGUGGAGGGGUGGCAGUCGUGAGGUGGUUAUGGAGGGAGAGAAGGAGCUAGUUGUUGAUGUUGGAACGUUCGGGUUCUCACCGCGCCUUUCAGGACUGCAGCGUUCGGGUUCUCACCGCGCCUUUCAGGACCCGACCCCAUACUUCCAGAGCCGGUUCAAUCCGGCGAAUCAGGUGCAAGAACCAGAGGGUCCAAACCCUUUGGGACCAGUUGAUCAUUAUCCUGAGAUGCAGGAUAUGGAGAUGGAUGAAUAUCCAGAUCCCGAGAUGCCACCGAGUGAGACGCUGACGCAUCCUAUAGGGAUUUCUGACGGAUCAUCUUUUCAUGGUUCGCCAUACCGGGGCCCAGACAGCUUUGCGGAAAGGUGGGCCACAUACCCCUGGGAGUUCACUCCCCCUUUUAACCCACAGCAUCAGCAGCAGCAGGAUCCCUCUGAGGAUUCGCGUUUCCAGGCGGUUACUCCACCACCACCGCCACCGCCAGAGCAACAGCCACCACCGGAACCACCGAGGCGAAGAAGAUCAGGUGCACAGAUGUCCGUGCGAGGGGGUUUCCACUUCAGCAUCCCCCAACACAGCAGCAACAACCAUUACCCGCCGUUGUAUGAAGACCCACAAAUGGGUGGGCCUUCAAACCCAGUUUCUGAGGUGGACUCUGCGCCAGUCGCACCACCACCAUCACACAUGGAUUAUGAUAACCUAAUUCCUUCUUACGCCGGUGCAGCGGCGUAUAACACGUUUGAGCAACCAGCUUACCCAGAUUACAACCACCACAAUGCCCCUGAUGUUGACCCGUAUCUCGUGGCGACAAACUACAAUGCUCUUCAUCCUGGAGGGCCCUACGCAGCUUCUUACCAAACUGGGUACCCGGCCUAUGGGUAUCAAUACCCGCCACCUCCUCAACCUCUGCAGCAGCAGCAGCUGCAGCCGCCACAGAUCCAACCACCGCAGUAG